AUGACCAAUUCUACGGACCGCACUAGUCCCGCGUUGGAUCCAGCGCUCUACAAAAAGAUGAAGCGGACAGAUCCGCUGCAGCAGUCGGAGAGUGUGCUGCUGCAUUCCAAGACGGUCCCCACUGCACUGCACAAGUGCAAAAGUGGGCUGCACCUUUCCGUCGACGAAGCCGCCUCGGAGGAGGGGGGAGAAGAACCGCAGCAGACACGGCCGCCUCCGCGGCUCGUGUCGACAGAGCUACCCUUCCACACGGGCAUGGCCACGUCGCAACCACCGCCGCGUCUCUCUGUCCGCUGUGUCCCUGUAGGAGCGACAGACUCGAUAAGCCUAAUCGUGCCCGCGCCCACUGGAAACCUGCGCAUAAGUCGAGUAGCGGCCCUGCGUCCACCGAACUAUGCGUCGGUGCCUAGUGCCGCCGUGCGCGAUGGCCAAUGCUUCUUGCUUGACCGAUGCACACCUACCGCCAAAGACAUGGUGGUGGAGCUGCACGUGUACGACCUCUCCCGUGGGUAUCUGAAACAGUACGGGCGGGACUUGGUUGGCCUAGAGACACCCGGGGUUUACCACUCUGGGAUUGUUUGCUACGGCGUAGAGGUGUACUUUGAGGGCGGCAUUGGCGUUGCCGCGGCGGGCCGCACGCGUUUUGGUGACAAGUACUGCACGCACCGCCUCGGGGUGACAAAGAAGCCAGUCACAGAGUUCUUCCGGUGGAUUACCGUGCGGUCCACUGAAGUUAAUGAACUCCACGACUACCACCCCGUGCGGCACAACUGCCACCACUUCACCGAUGAGGCAGCGCAGUUUUUGCUCGGCGAAAGCGCCGUAAUUCCAAAGUAUCUCUUCAGCACUGUGGACGAUCUUAUGAAGACGGAGGUUGGCGCUGCCGCCGCAGAGGCCAUGAUUCUCACCACCCACGGCAUGCAGAGCGUCGUCGGGCGGCAAAUGCGCUCCCGCAUGUUGGAGCGGCAGUGCAGCAUCGAUAUGCAAUUGAGCGCCUCCACAGCGUGCGGCGUCAUGACAUUGCCGCCGACGGCAGCAGUGCUCUUUCGUCCAAGCGACCUUGAUCUCGCAAAGCGUCUCAUCCUGGACCUCCGGCCAUACGUGACUGGACUAAUCAAGAAGGAACGCAUAAAGCCAGCUGCACUGACGGCGCUGGAGGAGUUGACUAGCGCACUGAUGGAGGGCACCGAUUGCAUCGAGCCAAAGUUGGUACUCAAUUAUGUGGAGAUGGUCAUUGAGUCGCUCCUGUGCACUCCGAUGGCGACGUGGGGACCGAUCUUCAACGGACUUCGGGCGGUAGUGCUGCAUAAGUUGUGUCUCAUCAAUUGCGUGUUUCACACAAAAUUGAUGUCAAUACUUGUGCUCGCGGCGCGCGACUUUCCGCGCCUGUUGCCAGACGGCCGCGUCGCCUUACUUCGACUGGUGUGCAACUUUGCAUGUGGUGCCCAUGGCGUUAUCGUCUACAGUGAAAGGCGAUACCGCGACUCCUGGGUGUCGAUCAUCGGCCUAGGCCUUAUGGAUAGCAGCAGUGCUGUCGUGUAUACGGCCGCGUGUCUCGCUUUGAACGUAGCCCUUGGCAUUGUCACCACUUCGAGUGCUUCCCUGGGGCGCGACAUGACGCAGUACGGCGACGGGCACUAUGCGCUGCGGCUCGCAACGCUGCUGCUGUAUAAUCUACGCCACCGUACCGCAGAGCAGCUACCCGAGCCGUCUUUUAACAUGAUCUUGAUGGCACUCUACAGGCUUGCCUCGUGCAACGUAGCGGCGCUAGAGUACGUCGUCUCGCACUCCUUCAAGCCACGGUACGACGAGCUCCUUGAGCGGUGUGGUUCCAACGAAAGUAGAGCCCUGGUGUGUCUCCUCAAGACUCUACAUGAUCUUUACGCUUAA